AUGGCAUCAUCAGUACUUGUGGCUAACCUCACCCAGGAGUGGGUGGACUGUCUGCGGAGGUGGCACAUGGAGUAUUUUUUCAUUCCGACCAUAGUCGUCACCAUGGCCACCUUGCUGGCCAACCCUGUCCUCCUGUCAUGCAUCUUCCUGUCCCGUGCCUUGAGGCGGGAGACACGCUACCUGCUGGUGGCCAACACCCUGAUGGCCGACAUGCUCUUCCUCAUCCUCAACCUGGCCGUUAUGAUCUGCAACGCUGUCAGUGCUCAGGUCCCCUGGGUCGUGUGUGGGCUGUUCACAGCCGUCACCGUCACCGCCUACUGCUGCACCGUCCUCACCAUCACCCUCAUGGUGGUGGACACCUACGCUGCUGUCCGCUGGCCUCUCCGCUACCAUGACCUUCUCCCUCCUGCCCGCACCCACCGCAUACUGGUGGGGGUGUGGGUUCUGGCAGCCGUGUACCCCUUCACUCUGGUGAUCAUGAUGGAGGUGGGGAGGGGAAAUUCCGAGGAGGGGUUGGCUGUUUGUCUUGUUCUCGUCUCUCUGGGUCUCAUUCAGGUCCAGAACAUAAUAGCGAUCCACGUCUACUUCUUCGUUGCCGCGCUCUUCUGUGCUUUGCUCAUUUUUUACUGCUACAUUCGACUCUACAUGGUAACAAAGACCCAUGGCAUCUGGCAGAGCCGCUUCUCCAGGGCGCGGGUCACCCUGCUGGCCCACGGGGUUCUGCUCCUGCUCUACUUCACCCCCGGCUUUGUCUUCAUCCUGGAGCUCUUCCUGUUCCAGAGGAAGGACAUUAGUCAUGAUGUUCGUGUGUGGGUCAGCACAGUCAACAUGUGUGUUUUGAUGUUGCUGCCCAGAGCAUUGGCUCCGUACCUCUAUGGGCUGAGGUACAGGGAGAUCUCUGACACUCUGAUGCAGCUGCUGCAUCGACACAGGGGACUCAGCCAGAACUCAGCAUCAUGAAGGACUCAGGACUGUUAUCACAUUUCUACAGUGGCAUUACUUGUGAUAUCUGUAUUUUACAUGUUUUCAAAGUAGCCCUCCAACAAACAAAGAUAGACCUGCAAGACAUUAACCAGGAUUUCUCCGUAUGGCCCCUCCACCCUAAAGUUAUCUGACUAGCCUCAAUUGGAUCUAAGUUAUCAUUGUGUGUACCUAAAACAGUCAAACUUGA